GUGAGUCUUUUGUGUCGUGUGACAAUGAUAAAUGGAAGUUCUAAUGAUGCUUCGACAAACGCGCCACGGACAAGCGGCAGUGAAACUAAUCAAAGAGAUCCAUUCGUUAUUUCGAGGUGUCGCAGGAACACCGAAGUUACAGUGAAUAACGUCGAUACUAAUAAUGACUCCACGGAAGAAACCGAUGUGGAGGAGAAAUUAUUGACGGUAUAUUGCCGAGCAGGCAAGCUUGGAGCUGCCUACUACACGAUACAAACUGGAGAGCUUCACAUACUAGAGGAACUCCCAGACCGUGCCCCAGAAUUCCUCAUGUUCCGAAACUUGUUCCGACAAGUGGAACCACUACAAGUCCUUCUAGAUGGAAGAACACAAAGUGCCUUCGUUAGCGCUGUGAAGAAGACUGUGUUCGCCGAUGGAGAUGAGGGUGGGAAGUGCAAACUGGUGUUUCUGGCUUCCAAGGAAUACAGUUUCGAAGCCUGUAAACGUCGUAUCUACCUCCUAUCCCUACCAACGGAACCAAAGAACUGCACCGAUGAAGAGAGAACACUGUUCCUCAGAACUGUCAUAGAUUUCAACCAGACCCAAACGGUUCAUGCUUUAGGCGCCCUCCUUAAAUAUCUGGACCUGAACUGGUCGAAUUUGAACCUGGAUCUGCAGAGCAAGCCUCAGUUUUUGAGCUUGAGGAGGGUUUCUUUAAAAGAUAUAGUAACAAUCGACGAGGACACAUAUCGUGGUCUCCAAAUAUUCAGCACCAUAUCCCACCCCAGUAACUUCAAAAAGGGCGUCCAGGGCAGCAACAAGGAGGGAUUGAGUCUGUUCUACAUAUUCAACAAAUGCUCAAGCAAAGUUGGACAGAAGAUGAUGAGAGUGCUAAUGCAACACCCGACUACCGACUUGGAGACGAUAAAGCGUCGUCAGGACGCCGUGGAGUUCUUUAUGAAGCCGCAAAGUGACACCAUUAUGAGAAACAUGUGCUCUUCGCUGAGGUUCAUCAAGAAUGUUAACGGCAUCUUGACGAAAAUAAAGGAGUUAUCUGCCAAACCCUAUCAGUGGAAGUCGCUCUACAAUACUUUGUACAACGCAGUCCUUAUUUGUGAGAUGUGCGAGAACGCGGGAAAGUCCAGCGAGUUCCUUGAACGACUCGCCUCUUUUGACAACAACAAACUUUAUGAAAUGGCGUUAUACAUGAACAGGAUAAUAGAUUUCGACUUAUCGAAGACGGAACGCAAGUUCACCGUCAAAGCUGGAGUUGACCAAGAGCUUGACAUGAAAAAGCAAACCAUGGCAAGCCUCCACAUCCUAAUGUCCGAGACAGCCAAAGUUGAAAUGGAGCGAUUGCCCCCCUUCGUAGAAGAAUGUACAAUGCUCUACAUGCCACAUCUAGGCUACCUACUAGGAGUGAAGAUCUGGGCUGAAGGUCUGACUAUGGAAGAAAAACAACUGCCUGACAUGAAAUUCAUGUUUCAAAACAAUGACUACAUCCACUACAAAAGCAAAGGUUGUGAAGAACUGGACGUGAUGAUAGGAGACACAUACCCUGAGAUAGUUGCUCACGAAACUCGCAUCAUGUUACGCCUGACCGCCGUGAUCCUGGAUAAUCUCAACACAUUAGCCGCUUGUGUGGACGCUUGCGCAGAACUUGACUGCCUCAUAGCAAUCGCCAAAGUGUCGAAAGAGUACAACUUCGUCCGUCCCACCAUGACUCCAGAGAAGAUCAUCGACAUCAAAGAUGGCCGCCAUCCACUUCACAUCCUAACCACAGAUAACUUCGUGCCAAAUGAUGCACAGGCCAGCGCUGGAGCGUGCGCGAGAGUUCUCACAGGACCCAAUGCGAGCGGAAAGUCUGUCUACAUGAAGAUGAUCGGCCUCAUCGUAUAUCUAGCCCACAUUGGUAGCUUCGUCCCAGCUAGAGCCGCCACCAUCGGUGUAAUCCGCCACAUCAGGUCACGCUUGCAGACCGCGGAAUGUAUAGCGAGUCACAUGUCUGCUUUCCUCAUAGACCUGAAACAGAUGGAGCUGGCCCUUCAAGAAUCCACCUUUGACUCCCUGAUCCUAAUAGACGAGUUCGGCAAAGGCACCUCAGAGGUCGACGGGCUAUCCUUACUAGCAGCUUGCCUCAACACAUUCCUGUUUCAAGGAGAUGCGUGUCCACACAUCUACCUAUCCACUCACUUCCUCAACAUUAGGGAGUAUAUCGUGGAAACUCCGCUGGUGAAGUUUUUGCGUUUCGAGCACGUUAUGGACGGAGACGCCCCGGUAUUCCUGUUCAGAGUGACUGAAGGUUGCGUCGACAGCAGUUUCGCUCUUCAAGUAGCUCGAGCCAGUGGUGUGGACAGCAGUGUGCUUGACAGGGCCAGCGAAGUUGCCGAUAGUAUGAAGAACAACGGCCUGCCGCCGCCAAACAAGAAAAUCAUGGCAAAACUGAAGGCAUUCACAGAAAUGAUAAAAAAUGAUCUCGCCGAAGACAUUUAAUAAUAAAAUUUGCUUACAAACAUUGAUAUUUCUCGUAGCUUA